AUGCCAGAGGCUGAGCGCAGGCGCAGAGCGCCGCCGAGCCAAAUUCAAAUCACUUUCACACUAAGAGCCAAAGAUCAGUUUUCAAAGGAGAGAGGGAGAAAGAGACGCAGGCGGCCGCGCGGCCGGGCGUCGGGAGGCAGUGGCGAGAGGCGGGCGUUGGAGCGCGGCGGUCCGGGAGCCCCGGGAGGGAGCGGCAGCGCGGGCCAGGGCUGCAGGGGGAGCGGAGGCGGGAGGCGGCGAGCGGCGCCCGGCCGCGGGCAGGGAGGGCGCAAUGGCCGGCCGCCGGGUCAUGUUACACGGCCCGGGCCUCGGCGGCCGCCCAGCCUCACAACCGCGCUCCCGCGGCCCGGAGGGGGCCCCGGGGUCAUGCCGGCGCUCGGGGACGCGGAGCUCGGCCCAGCCCGCGCGCGGGGAGCGACGCCCCCGGGAGAAGCGGGCCUGGGUGUCCACGCGCGAUCGCGCGCCCCCGAGGGCCCCUCCCAGGGCCUCCGGUCACCGCCGGGACCGGGCCAGCCCUCCCUCCUCCGCUGCGCGCACGGGACGGGACGCGGAGCCGGGACCACCCCAGCGCCCUGGUCCCCGAGGCCCCCCGCAGCAGCCAGAAAAUGA